UUUCCAACUCCAAAAUUUGACGAGCGUUAAAGCACAACGGACCGACCAAGAACAAAUCCGCAAAAUGGGUCGCCUUCAGGAAUACCAGGUCAUCGGUAGGCAUUUGCCUACCGAGUCGAACCCGACUCCCAGCCUUUACCGCAUGCGCAUAUUCGCCCCCAACGAGGUCGUUGCCAAGUCGCGGUACUGGUACUUCUUGCGUGGUCUCAAGAAGGUCAAGAAGGCCACCGGUGAGAUCGUUGCCGUCAACAAGAUCCACGAGAAGCACCCCCUGAAGGUCAAGAACUUCGGUAUUUGGAUCCGCUACAACUCCAGGUCCGGCACGCACAACAUGUACAAGGAGUACCGUGAGCUGUCCAGGACUGCGGCUGUUGAGGCUAUGUACCAGGACAUGGCCGCCCGCCACCGUGCCCGUUUCGCCUCGAUCCACAUUCUCCGUGUUGUCGAGCUUGAGAAGACCGAUGACAUCAAGCGCCCUUACAUCAAGCAGCUCACCACCAAGGGCCUUACCUUCCCCCUCCCCCACCGCGUCCCCAAGAUCAACAACAAGAAGAUCUUCAGCGCGAGGCGCCCGUCGACUUUCGCUUGAGCGGUUGGGUGAUUACCAGGGUUUGGAGUGUUUUGCGGGUGUUCUUUACGGGUCCACGGUCAUGGUCGGUUCUCAGCAUUUGCUCUUUAGGAAGGGCAGCAAUGAACGAAGAAUAAACUUCAGCAUGGUCUUUCUUCCUAGUCGGACGGCGCCCCUGGGUUUGAAUCAGGCGGAAGCCGGUCCGCAUUUCAGUGAUUUGGAGUUUCUCUGGGACAGGAGCAAUGGAUUCAAAAAAAAGUGCCAAAUUCCAUCUUAUGCCACUGGGUUGUUGCGGUGCGUAGGAUGCUUUUAGCUACCUACCUUACCUAACUUGACUUGCGGUCCAGCAAGGAAGAAUGAGACCAUGUUCGGUACGGAAACGAGGAGCGAGUUAAGAUGACUACUUCUUUGAAAUCAAUGAUAAACGACACGAUCCACUGUGGCUACUGAGGCUACCAUAUCGAUUUCCCCUUGAUUACUGAUGAUGUGACUCACACGAUGAGUACUGGGUUGACUGGGA